AUGUUAAAAGAGCGCAUGACAAUAGAACUUUGUGGCAACUCUGCAGAAGGCAAGGCAACAAAAAAACGCAAGUUGAAAGAAAAAUUUAGAAAGCUUCCCCAUCCUUAUCACAUAACCGGCAUCAAGACGUAUUUCCCCACGCCAAAUUCCAAUUUAUAUUUACCCUCCUUUAUAUCACCUCCUGACGUUUACUCGAAUCCCUUCAACGCCACCCAAACGUAUCAAUAUCAGCCUAUUUAUUACAACUCUGUCAAUAUUCUAUCUCAAUCAUUAACCAACGCGAAUCACAAUAACUGCGCUAAUAAUCAAACAAGUGUUCGAAUCAGUAAUAACAAUAAUAAUAGUAGUAACAACUUUUGUGGCUAUUGCCUCCCAUCCGCAACAACAGUAAGUGCUCAAAACGCUCAAGAAAUUGCAACCGUGAGUCAACAACAGCAACAGCAAGAACUUCUUUUAACGGGAAAUAGUGCACAAGUAGAACCGGCUCUUCUAUUGAGUCAUUUUACAGAAAUAAACUUAAGUGAUAGUCUCAAACAUCAAUCACUGAUAACUCAUUUCAAUAAUAACAAUAUAAGUGAAAUUUCAACAACAAGAAGUAGCAGCGGAGAUAAUUUUCAUAAAGAUAUCAUGGUGAGCUCUAAAAGAAAAUUAAAUUCAAUUAUUUAA